CAACAGCGUAACAACAAAAUGACAGCUGUCGAUGGACGUGGCGGCUUCGUGGCCGAUUUUUGAUUACAUGUCAUGUCAGCGAAUUACCAUAACUUCCUUCCAUGUCAUAUCUCACAUGGUAAAGUUUUGUCCAACAUAAAUUCCAAUUUUAAGCAAGAGCUGAAUUAAACAAUCAGAAUGUUCUUAAAGACUGCAACCCUAUUCGCCUUCUUUUUCGCCUUCGUUGCCUGUGAGACAGAAGAAGACGUGGGCCCUCGAUUGCUAGUCGCCAAACAAGUGCUAAACAGAUAUUUAGUAGAAUCAAAAGACAUAGAAGUUAAGUAUACUCUGUAUAACAUAGGAACCUCAGCAGCUGUCGGGGUUGAACUUGUGGACAAUGGGUUUCAUCCUGACGCCUUUGAGGUAGUUGGAGGACACUUGGCAGCUAAAUUUGAUAGAAUUCCACCACAUUCGAAUGUCACAUAUGUGGUAGUUGUUAGGCCUACAAGAUAUGGAUAUUUCAACUUUACUAGUGCUGAAGUGACCUACAAGACCUCAGAUGAUGCCUCAGCCAAGGUACAAGUAUCUCUUAGCAGUGAACCUGGUGAGGGUGGUAUCAUUGCCUUCCGUGAUUAUGACAAGAAAUUCUCAUCACACUACUGGGAUUGGCUAGCUUUUACUUUGAUGACAACUCCAUCAUUGGCUAUCCCACUUGCCUUGUGGUACAGUAGUAAGAGUAAAUAUGAGAAGCUGGCUAGGCCUUCUAAGAAAAAUCAUUGAAGAAGUAUUUGUAGAGGUAUAUUGUGAUGUACAUUUGUCUUAAAAUACCACCUUGUGCUUGUAACUCAUGUUGUUCCAUUACUUCCAGUUAUUUGUAGCUAGUAUACCUCUAAGAGUCAUUCAUCAUUCACAUUGUUCCCAUUUGUUGAUAGUUUUUUAUAUAAACUUUGAAUAAAAAAAUAUAAAAGAGUU